UAUCGAUCCGCCUAUCCCUACUUUUAGGUUGUACGUGUUUAGGUGUUUCGUUCGCCGUUGAGAUACCUGUCUGCCCACUUUAGUCCGCGUGCAAUAUCCAUGCAAAUAGAUGUUUGAGGGAAGUCACGUCAGACAGGUUGAACAUUGACUUUGCAACAUAACAGAUGCUUUGCUGUGCUCACCACUAACGGAAGUAAACCUAACUUCUUUAACCUAUAGGAUCAAUGCUCUUUACCACAGUUUGUCAUUCAAAGACAUAAACAUGAACAGUCAUAAGUUCAUGAGGUUUAUCAUUGGCUGCUUGGUGAUUGUUGCCACAGUGAAAUACUUCUUCAGCACCAGCUCAAACAGGGGCAGAGGGGAAAAGAUCAUACAAGGUAUUGGUUUCUGGUCACAGCACCAUAUCCCGCCGCUGAAUUUGGUGGAUAAUCAGAUUGAUCCACUGAAAAAGGAACAAAACCAGCAACCAAGCACGAACAGAUUAGAAGUUCGUAAUGAGAAACCAGCAGGCGUCCUGUUAAACCAAGAAGAGCUACACCUAGAAGUCAAACAAGCCACUGAUGUUAAUACAGUUGCUCCAUUCAAGAUUGUCCAUUUAGACUUGAAAGGUGCAGCACCUAAAGUCAAAUAUCUCGAACAGAUCUUCCCUUUGCUUUCAUCUCUGGGUGCUAAUGGGAUAUUACUGGAAUAUGAGGAUAUGUUUCCAUAUGAGGGUGAACUUGCGAUACUCAAAUCAAGUUAUGCGUACAGUCCGGACGAUAUAGAAGAAAUAAAGUCUCUGGCCAAACAGAACCAGCUUGAGCUGAUUCCACUGGUGCAGGUGUUUGGACACUUAGAGUUUGUCUUAAAACACGAGAAGUAUUUCAGCUUGAGAGAAGUGGCUGAGCAUCCCAAUAGCCUAAACUCUCUGGCUCAAGGAAGCAUGGAGCUUGUUAAAGAAAUGUUAACACAGGUUAUGAAGAAGCACCCAGAAUCAAAAUGGUUCCACAUUGGUGCUGAUGAGGUACGUGGCCUGGGUGAAAGCGAAGAUUCAAAGCGCUGGUUGGAAGCCAACAGUGGAGACAUGGCAAAGCUGUUUCUCAAUCAUGUGACGGCAGUUGGGCAUUUCAUGACCGAAAUGAGGCCAGAAAUCAGGCUGAUUUUGUGGGAUGACAUGCUUAGGAAGCUUAGCUCCAACUCUAUACAAGAAUCAGGUUUGCAAAGCCUUGCGUCCCCCAUGAUUUGGAACUACCUUCCCAACAUGGACGUGGGUAAGAUAGGUAACCUUAUCUCUAAGUAUGAGCAGGCUGGAUUUCAAGGCGUGUGGUUUGCUAGUGCCUUUAAAGGAGCCUCUGGAAUUGACCAGAGAUGGACCCCAAUAGAUCACCACUUAAAAAACCAUUUACAGUGGCAUAAAGUCAUUACUUCAAUGCCGCAGUACAAGUCUAUUCGCUUCAGUGGUAUUGCAGUAACUGGUUGGCAGAGGUAUGAGCAUCACACUGUGUUGUGCGAGCUGCUCCCAGUGGCCAUCCCGUCUCUGGCUGUUUGUCUUCAGACAUUGAAAUAUGGUUCAUUUAACAACAAGGCACGGAGUGAGAUACAGCACAUCCUAGGCUGCGAAAUUCAACUAAACAAAAACGAUUGCAAGGGUAAAUCCUUUCCAGGCUCGGACAUUUAUGACAUGGUGAAGAAGAUCAACAACAACCUUGAGAGUUCCAUUAAGAAAAUCAUGACAAGCUCCCAUGUCAGGGGAUCGUUCAGUUCUUAUAAUCGGAAACACAACUUUGCAAACCCUCGAAAUCUUGGCUUUUUCAAAGAUUCACUGAAAAAAUUGCUGGAUCAAUGGGAUUCGUUUUUGCUGACUUUCCGACAAAGCAUGGAAGCUAUUUACUACCCAGACACUUUAGAGGAGUGGUUGGAAGAGAACGUUAAUGAGCACAUAGAAAGACUUCAUGAAAUGGUGAUUGAUGUUGAACGAAUCCUUAAACUCAAUGGACAGCCAAAAAUGGUUCAGACAAGUUAAUAGGUCAGGAAGGGUCCAAGAUGACAUUUCUGCAAUGAAAAUUAUGAGUAAGAGGCAUUUUUCACACAUCAGGGCUCUUCCUUAUUUCCUGAAGUCAUUUGUUGGAAGUGCUAUCACAAUGAAAAGAUGCAGAAAUUAAAAUAUUUGUCUUAUUCUAUAAAAGCAGAUGUUCCCUAAUUACAAUAAUGCAUCUGGAAGAAGUGGUCUUAUCAAACUACACAUUAUACAUUUCAUAUUUGAUCUUUAUUUAAUUUGAACUAUUUUGAGUGGCAAAACAUUGCAGAAGAAUGUAGAUAAUUUGCCUUACUGCUACAUGAAUACUGUACAAUACAUGGGCAUAGACAUCCUUUCUAUUGUAUAUAUCUAGGGAUUGAAUGCUAUCAAGUUUUUAAAUAAAUCUUUUAAAUUUGCAAUUCUUAAAGUAUUUUAUACAUUUUUGUUGUUAGAGGAAUUUACAAAUACUGUCUUCUGUGCGAUCACAAAUGUAAUAUAUAGAUACAAUUAACAAGGUGUCUUUAAUGUUGCUACACGUUUACGGUACUGUUUUAAAACUCCUCUAUAGAUGUUCCAUC